CUCGGCCACUCCACUCUCUCUCUCUCUUUCUCUCUCUCUCCUCUUCCUCCUCUCUCCACCCAACGAUGCAAACCCCAAUCCAACCCCUCCCACCUCUCCGCACCCACCUCCUAAACCCCCAACCCCACCUCCCCCUCCUUCUCCUCCUCCGCCGCCCCUCCCCGCUCCGGCGUUCGCCGCCGCCGCCGCGCUACUUGAGAGCUCGCUGCUACGGCGUCGGCGGCGGCGGAGGUGGAGUGGAGCCCCAGAAGAGGAAGAAGGCGGGGGCGGUGUCGGCGGUAGCGGCGGCGGCGGCGGCGGCGUACCCCUUUGGCGAGAUCGAGCCGCGGUGGCAGCGGUUCUGGGAGGAGCACCGCACGUUCCGCACCCCUGACGAGGUCGACACCUCCAAGCCAAAGUGCUACAUCCUCGACAUGUUCCCUUACCCCAGCGGAGCUGGACUACAUGUUGGUCAUCCCCUUGGAUACACGGCAACUGACAUUCUCUCAAGAUAUAAACGCAUGAAAGGUUUCAAUGUUCUGCACCCAAUGGGAUGGGAUGCAUUUGGUCUUCCAGCUGAGCAAUAUGCUAUCGAGACAGGAACCCAUCCAAAGAUCACAACAAAGCGAAACAUUGAACGAUUCCGGUCACAGCUAAAAUCUUUAGGAUUUUCUUAUGACUGGGAUCGUGAAAUAUCCACCACUGAACCAGAUUACUAUAAAUGGACCCAAUGGAUUUUUCUUCAGCUUCUGAAGACAGGACUGGCAUACCAGGCUGAGGUACCUGUUAACUGGUGCCCUGCUCUUGGCACUGUUUUGGCGAACGAAGAAGUCAUCAAUGGUGUCAGUGAACGAGGCGGUUUUCCUGUUAUAAGAAAGCCUAUGCGGCAAUGGAUGCUCAAGAUUACAGCUUACGCUGAUCGCCUUCUUGAAGAUUUGGACGAUCUUGAUUGGCCAGAAAGCAUCAAAGAAAUGCAGAGAAAUUGGAUAGGGCGCUCUGAAGGUGCUGAAAUCGAAUUUCAUAUUGUUGAUUUUCAAGGACAGGAACGAGGAUUACAUCUAUCUGUCUUCACAACCAGACCAGACACCAUCUUUGGCGCAACAUAUCUUGUUGUGGCGCCGGAGCAUUUCCUAUUAUCGUCAUUAAUAACCGAGGAUCACCGUGAAAUUGUUGAGGAAUAUGUAGAGCUGGCUGCAAGAAAGAGUGAGCUUGAAAGAACAGAUCUUCAGAAGGAGAAAACUGGAGUUUUUAGUGGUUCGUAUGCUAAGAAUCCAGCUACCGGAGAAAAAAUUCCAAUAUGGAUAGCAGAUUAUGUUUUAGGAAGUUAUGGCACUGGAGCAAUCAUGGCCGUACCUGCACAUGACUCUCGUGACUAUGAGUUUGCCUUAAAAUAUAACAUACCAAUAGUUUGGGUCGUAAAACCAUCUGAUGAAAUUUGCGAUCUAAAUGAGCCAUAUGUUGAUGAUGGUAUCAUAGUAAACUCAUCCAGUUCGGUAUCUGGGUUGAAUAUUACUGGUCUAUCUUGCAAGGAUGGUGCUUCAAAAGUCAUUCAAUGGCUUGAGAGUACUAACAAUGGAAAGAAAAAGGUAAAUUACAAGCUAAGAGAUUGGCUUUUUGCUCGACAACGCUAUUGGGGUGAACCUUUCCCUGUAAUUUACCUUGAUGACACUGAUGAAAUAGUGCCUCUUUUGGAAAGUGAGCUGCCACUAACUCUUCCUGAAUUGGAUGACUUCACUCCAACUGGAACAGGAGAACCUCCUUUGGCGAAAGCCAUAUCUUGGGUUAAAACUGUUGAUCGUUUAUCGGGGAAACCUGCAAGAAGGGAAACUAGUACAAUGCCACAAUGGGCUGGAUCCUGCUGGUACUAUUUGAGAUUCAUGGAUCCCCAAAAUCCCACUACUCUGGUUGACAAGGCGAAAGAAAGAUAUUGGGGCCCUGUUGACAUUUAUGUUGGCGGUGCUGAGCAUUCUGUCCUACAUUUGCUUUAUGCGAGAUUCUGGCACAAGGUUCUAUAUGAUAUUGGCAUCGUUUCCACCAAAGAGCCAUUCAAGUGCUUGAUAAAUCAAGGGUUAAUACUAGGAGAAGUUGAAUAUACCGCGUUUAAAGAUCAAGAAGGUAGAUGGAUCUCUGCAGAUUCUGCCAGUUCAAGUGAGUAUUACCAAGAAAAAGUGCCUGCAGAGAAGGUCACGAAGGAUGGCGACUAUUUUGUGCUAAAAGACAACCCAAACAUUCGUUUAAAUGCUCGCGCCUACAAAAUGAGUAAAAGUCGCGGCAAUGUCAUUAAUCCAGAUGAUGUCGUUUCUGAAUAUGGUGCUGAUUCCCUACGCUUGUAUGAAAUGUUCAUGGGACCAUUGAGAGAUUCAAAAACAUGGAGUACUGGUGGGAUUGAAGGAGUACAUCGGUUUCUAGCAAGGACAUGGAGGCUGAUUGUGGGCCCUCCUUUACCUGAUGGAUCGUAUAGAGAUGGAACAAUUGCAUCCAAUGAUGAGCCAACCAUGGAACAGCUUCGCACUCUUCACAAAUGUAUUGCAAAGGUGGCAGAAGAAAUUCAAGAAACAAGAUUCAAUACUGGAAUUUCUGCGAUGAUGGAGUUCAUAAAUGCUGCAUACAAGUGGGAGAAUCAUCCAAAGUCAGUUAUUGAGGCCUUUGUUUUGUUGCUUUCACCUUAUGCCCCACACAUGGCAGAGGAGCUUUGGUUUCGGCUUGGGCAUUCAAGUUCUUUGGCAUAUGAAUCUUUUCCAGAGGCCAAUAGAGAGUAUUUGAAAGAUACAACAAUCGUGCUCCCCGUUCAGAUAAAUGGAAAGACCAGAGGAACUAUUACCGUCGACAAAGCCUGCUCUGAGGAUGAUGCAUUUAGAUUAGCCUCCAGGGAUGAUAAGCUCUCCAAGUAUUUGGAAGGGAAGACUAUAAGGAAAAAAAUUUAUGUUCCCGGGAGGAUCUUGAAUGUCAUAUUGGACAAGGAGAAGGUAAGGUCAUGAUCGUUGCUUCUGAUACUGUAACCAUUUGAUUUUCGCUUCAUGGCUCUAUUUUGUACUGAGCUAUGCUAUAUCUUCUUUUCUUGUCAUGAUUUUGUAUAUUACAGGUUCAUUCUUUCAAUAAAGUUUAACAAUGAUUCAUCA